AUGCCAACCCCCUUCGCGCAACGAUCCGUCAUCAUCCUCGGGGCAGGCAUCAUCGGUUGCGCGGCAGCUUACCAACUCCUCCAAAAUGGGUUCGAGGUAACUCUGGUAGGCGAAUAUCUACCAGGAGACAAUAGUAUAUUAUAUGCCUCGGCAUGGGCGGGUGCGGCAUGGCACGCAGCAGCAGGUCUGGAUGGAGACCAGCAAUAUAUCCAAGCCGUUACCCAUCGACAUUUGCUGAAGAUGGCUUUGGAUGUUCCGUCUUCGGGAGUGUGUAUUGUGAAGGGAAGGGAGUAUCUCGACCAGGCACCGGGCAAGAAUUCAUCGGCAUGGGGGAAGACGGUGUUGAAGAAUUUCCGUACACUUAAACGAGGCGAAUACCCAUCGACAUUUGCCACAGCCUGGGAAUACGACUGCCUCGUAGUCGAUCCAACCCUACACAUGCCCUGGAUCGGCGCCAAAGUAGAGGCCCUAGGCGGCAAAUUCGUGCGUCAAAGGGUUUCGUCCUUGGGUGACUUGUACAAUAUGUAUCCCGAGUCGAGCAUUUUCAUCAAUGCCAGUGGUUGGGGCAGCAGGGAUCUAACGGAUGUCUUGGACUCGAAAUGUUUCCCGGACAGAGGCCAGAAUGUGCGGUUGAAGAGCCCAAAAUAUGAUACGAUGUAUUUCCGGAAUGGAAAGGAGUAUACAUACAUUAUUCCGAGGCCGAUGUCGGGACAUAUUGUGUUGGGAGGCCAUAAUUCGAGGGAUAAUUUAAGCGGAGAACCAGACAUGGACGUUGCCCGCGACGAGAUCCGACGCGCUCAUAGUCUCGCUCCAGACCUUGUGCCCGCCGCCCCAGCAGACGAAGAUAUCAGCUACAUAAUCGGCAUCAGACCGGCAAGAGAAGGCGGAUUCAGACUUGAUUCGCAGAAAAUUGGCAACCGAAUUGUUUUGUCGGCGUAUGGUUUUGCUGGUGGCGGCUAUGCGUUUAGUUAUGGGAUUGGGGAUGCGUUGGUGAAGAUGGUGCAACAGGCGGAGUUUGAUAAUGUUAUAUUACCAGAAUAG